UUGGGGGAGCAAGCAGCUGGGAGCCGCUGAGCGCUGGGGACUGUCCAGCUGCCGCAUGCAGAUGCCAGGUCUCCUGGGGAGCUUGGCCCUGGUGGGCUUGCUCGCAGGUGCGGUUAUGGCUGUCCUGAUGCUGCUGCUACUACUGGCUACCUGCCUUUCCCCUGGACAGCAGGACCUGGAUGUGGAGAGGAAUCCUGCUCCAAACGUCAGAAGGAACCGGGUCUGGAGGCCGUACCCCUUUCGCUCCCGGGUCCGUCUGGGGAGGUUUCAUCAUCCCCACCAUCCUGGACACGUGUCUCCUAUGCGCCAUGUCGGUCUCAGCCACCACCACGUCCACCACCACCACGGUCGUCACCAUGCUCACCGAGGCCAUCACUGAUGGGAGCCCCCGGUGGUCCUGGCAUCACAGAAGGAAUGAACCCCAGCAUCCUCCUGGCCGCAAGGUGCCUCUCCUCGGUGAGUGCCGGAACCUGCGACCUGGGUCACACUCAGGCUUCAUCUGCAAACUCUGCCCAGUGACCUCCAGAAGCAGAGGACUGAGGAGCCCCUGGGGUGACUGUGAAUGUCAGAUGGUGAGAGCAGGGGUGGUCCUUUGGAGGGGGACACCUCCUGGGGACUGCAGCUCCCUGUAGCCACCAGAAGUGACGGCAGCGGGGGAGUUGGGGGGCACACGCAAAGAUGAACGAGCGUUUGGUGUUGCCUCUACCUCCUCUGUCCCUGGCCAGGCAGGGAGCAGGAAGGUGCCCAGCCCUUUUGUUUGCUGAAGGCCCAC